CUUUCCCGAAACUAUCCCUUCUCUUGUUCUCUCUCUCUCUCUCUCUCUCUCUCUCUGGGAUUAUCCUCCAUUCCUCCUCCUUGCGUACGAUUUUUGGUUAAAUCUUUGAUGCCGAUCUCCGAGAACAAAUGCUCUCUGUCGUUCUGAAAACUUGGGACGAUGGCUCAAAUAUCAUCGCGAGCAACAGUUCCUCCCUUGAUAUUUUCUGCUGCUAUUCUCUGCAUUUUAGCGGAGAUUGAGUUCGGCUCUGGCUCCGGGGUCGAACUCAACAACAGUACAAGGUAUCGGGCACUUCUGACUGAUGGAAUCAUUAUAGAGAAACCCGAAGAUCGAGAGCUCAAGCUCAAUCUCCCUUGCGGCUUGAAAAUCUCGAAUGGUUGCAGAAAAGGACGGUUUGAAGCUGGUUCUAGUAUCUCUUCGGAAAACCAAAUUAGGGCUAAAUCACAGACCAGGUAUAUCAAUGGAAGGAAGGAACAAACAAUUAGGUUUUCUCAAAGCUCUGUCAUCUCAAGCAGAAGCCAGAAAUUGGAGUUAGGAUCUGUUAUCAUCGCAGGGAAUUCGACAAUUUUGAGUCCGAACCAUACUUUCGAGCUUGGUUUUUUCAGCUCGGAUGGCGGAUCCAAUUGGUACAUCGGCAUCUGGUACUUUUCCAUACCCAUCAAAACCUACGUUUGGGUCGCAAACCGAAAAUCUCCUGUCAAAAACCUUACCUCCUCAGUAAUGCGAUUGACCGAAGACGGCAAGCUUAUGAUAAGCGACUCGGGCGAUCGUAACAUCUGGUGGACGGAAAGUGUUGAAGCAGCAGUGAGUGCACAGCUCCUAGAAACUGGAAACCUUGUCCUUCUGUCGCGCAAAGGGACGACCGUCUGGCAAAGCUUUGACUUUCCGGCAGACACAUGGCUUCCUGGUAUGAACAUUACUAGCCAUAUCUCUAUAGAGUGCUGGAGAAGCGAGUCUGAUCCGUCCCCUGGUAAUUACUCUCUCCGUCUAAAACCUCCAGAGUAUGGCGAGUUCGAACUCGUCUUUAAUGGCAGUAAGAGCUACUGGUCUACAGGUAAAUGGACCGGAAAUUCCUUUACUAAUGUCCCUCAGAUGCUUGUGCGGUACAUUUACUCCUUCCAUUUCGAGCAUCCUUUCACGGCCGCAGCAUCUUUCAUGUACACCGUAAUCUCUCAGGACAACAGUUCACGGCCACCGCUGACUCGAUUCACCAUUGAUUCCUCCGGUGAGCUGAAGCAGUUCACUUGGUCGACGCAGAUGGAAAAUUGGAAUAUGUUCUGGUUUCAGCCUGAUAAUUGUUGUAGUGUUUAUGGACUCUGUGGGAACUUAGGAUUUUGCAGUACCGGUACUCAGAGGCCGUGCGAAUGCCUUGCUGGAUUCACACCCAGCGACAAACACGCGUGGAACUCCGGGGAUUUUUCCGGAGGUUGCCGUCACGAGGAUGACUACCUGUGCGAUGAGAGUAACGUAUUUGAAGAGGUUGGUACAGUAGCUUUUGAUGAUGCCACUGGUGUGAUGUUCUCUGGAAGCCGGAGCCGGAGUUUCUGCGAGUCCUCAUGCUUGAAGAACUGUUCGUGCAUUGGUAUAACCCACAACGCAGAGACCGGUCUGUAUCGGAAUGUUUAUGGGAACAUACUCAAUCUCCGGAAUCUGACAUAUGGUAGCACAACAGGGGAGGUGGUUCUUUAUAUCAGGGCUGGGAAACUAGGAUCGACGCAGAAGAAGAGUAAAUUGACAAUGGCGGCUCUGAUUGGCGGUAUUUGUGGGUUGGUGGCAGCUGUGGCAAUGACAGUUUUGGCAUUACUGGUGUUGCAGAAGAGGAGAAAUCGAACAAAGGAGAAAGAGGCUGUUCUGGUGACAAACUUGAAGGUGUUCUCUUACAAGGAGCUUUCUGCAGCGACUCGAGGAUUCUCAGAGAAGCUCGGGCAUGGCGGAUUUGGGACUGUUUUUCGAGGAGAACUACCAGAUUCCUUGCCCAUUGCAGUGAAACGGCUUGAACGCCCUGGUGGUGGUGAGAAAGAAUUCCGAGCGGAGGUCUGCACAAUUGGGAACAUCCAACAUGUUAAUCUUGUGCGCCUGAGAGGCUUCUGCUCAGAGAACUCUCACCGGCUCUUGGUUUAUGAUUACAUGCCUAAUGGACCUCUGAGUGUGUUUCUGAGGCGUGAUGGUCAGAGUUUGGGUUGGGAUGUGAGAUUCAGGGUGGCAGUUGGGACGGCCAAGGGUAUUGCUUACUUGCAUGAGGAAUGCCGGGAUUGCAUCAUACAUUGCGACAUCAAACCAGAGAACAUUCUUUUGGAUAGUGAUUUCUCAGCCAAGGUGUCGGAUUUUGGAUUAGCAAAGCUCAUAGGCAGGGAUUUCAGUAGGGUUUUGACAACAAUGAGAGGAACAUGGGGUUAUGUGGCGCCGGAGUGGAUUUCAGGGGUUGCCAUCACUGCCAAAGCUGAUGUUUACAGUUAUGGGAUGACAUUGCUGGAGAUCAUAGGCGGGCGACGCAAUGUGGAGAAGCCACAUUCUCCGGGCAGAGAGGGGGUGACGGAGGAGAAGUGGUUCUUCCCUCCCUGGGCUGCAAGACAGAUAAUUGAGGGUAAUGUGGCUGGUGUGGUGGAUGAGCGGCUUGCUGGGGCUUACGACUCUGUAGAGGUAGAGCGGUUAGCACUGGUGGCUGUGUGGUGUAUUCAGGAUGAAGAGGACGCAAGGCCCACAAUGAGUAUGGUGGUGAAGAUGCUAGAGGGAACGGUGGAAGUCACAGUACCACCACCACCACAGCUGUUGCAGGCGCUAAUCUCUGGAGAUUCUUUUCAUGGAGUUGGUGUUUCUGGGUUGAAGCCAUCAAGUGGUGCUGGUGCUAAUUCUGAUUGACAAAGUCCGGCCUUGCCAGGCAUAAUCACAACAUUGCUGGGGAGCUUGUCUUACUCUUACAACAACCCCACCACACCCCCACCCCCACCAAAAAAAAAAAGAAAAAAAAAGCUUAUCAGCAUCUUAUUAAGAUCUUCAUUUUGGUGGUAGCGGGAAGCUUCUAACUUCAGCAUCUUGUACUCAGUUCUCAAGCCUUAACCUUGGCUCACCUGUCCAACAUAUUUAGUUCAUCCUUCUCUCACCUUGGCGAAAGGCUGUUUUCUCAAUCAAAGUUCCAUAGUUUGACAAGAAUUGGUAUCAUGAUUGUUAAUUUA